CGCGUGAUAAGCUUCGCCUGUGGCUUCGCUCUCGUCACUCGUGCCUUCCGACAACUGCCCUCCCCUUCUAGUCACGUGUGUGAGUCACUUGCGGCCGGAAAAAACGUAACGGGUGUGUGUGGUUCUUGCAUCGGCAGUCGUCAAUACAUUGAGGUAGGCGUGCGCGUAUCGCAUUUGACGUUUCUUCAGGAUCCUGGUGACGACGGAAAAGCUUGCCAGCCGCCAAGCUCCGUGAAGUCAACGCAACCGACGAAGCAUCUUCGCCCCUGUGCCGUUGCAAUUGUUUUGACUGUUCUUUGAAGCGCAGGACUGACGUAGAGCGAGGCAAGAUGUCGAGCCUGUACCCGACUCUGGAGGAUAUGAAAGUGGAUCACAUGAUCCAGGCGCAGACAAAGCCCCUGGAAUCGUCUGUCCCAGCAGCUCCAGUGGCAUCAGCUCCCCUUCCUUAUGGACUGUACCCAUCAGCACCAGUUGAUCCGGAGAAAUUUGAAACCCUUUACCCCACUCUAGAUGACUACAUGGGCCUCUCUCUGUCUCGGGAUGUCCCACCCGAAAUUACUGCUCUGGCAACCAUCUCCCAGAACCAAGUGGCAGUGCCACAGCCUGUGGGAACCGGCGGCUUCCUCUCAAACAUGGUCGCGCCAAUUUCGGGUUCCUCGGUUGGCCUGAAGAGGGCACACGUUAGUCAUGGGAUUCGUGAAGUCACCCUCUGCAAAGACAAGAAAGGCAAGGUUGGACUGCGUGUGCAAGCCAUCAACCAGGGCAUCUUUGUUGUGCUCGUCCAAGCCAACAGCCCAGCAGCCCUGGCAGGUCUUCGCUUCGGCGAUCAGCUGCUGACCAUUAACGAUGAAGUUGUUGCUGGUUAUUCGGUCGACAAGGUGCACACACUCAUCGUCAAGGCCAGCGCAGAGCGCAUCGUCAUGGCUGUCCGGGACAGGCCAUUUGAGCGCACAGUGACAAUGCACAAGUCAAGCACGGGCCAUGUUGGAUUUGCAUUCCGAGAUGGCCGCAUCAUCUCCCUCGUCAAGGACUCGUCGGCAACACGGAACGGCCUUCUAGUUGACCACCAACUACUUGAGGUGAACGGCCAGAACGUGGUGGGAGUCAAGGACCCCGAAAUAACAAAGAUUAUUGAGAGUGCAGGGAAUAUCAUCACGGUCACAGUGAUUCCAUCAUUUGUCUACGAUCACAUGAUCAAACACACAUCUGGAGGCAUGCUUAAGAAGCUGAUGGACCACUCGAUUCCGGACAUGUAAGAAGACCAUUGGCAGGCCUGUACACCAGAGUCCACCUUGCGUCCAGACCCUUCAUGCCAGGAUUUGGCGGAAUCCGGCCGUGCUCUAUUUUUAGCCGCAAACUGUCACUGCUUCGGCACUUAUCGAUGAGCCAUUUCUUUGUCAUUCCCCUCUAAUGGCAUGUGUAUCAUAUUUGAUGCUGUUUUUAUUUACAUAUAUUUUGCUAAAUAUCUAUUAUGGCUUGGCUGAAACCUCAUGUUUAAAGCUGUCGACUGUGAGCAAAAUGGUGAAGGGCUACAAAUGUUGCCUGCCAAAGAGCCUAUGAAGAAAGAGAGUGAUUAGGGUGUUAUGCCUUUCUCUUCACACUUGGCGUGUCACAAUUGGCAGUUACCCAUGUGUAAUGCGCACCCACUUUUUUUUUUUCUAUGUAUCAAUAGGCAUGCUGUGGCGUCGCGAGACAUUGUAUAUUUAGUUGUUGAGGGGCUUCAGUGGGUAAAAAGACAAGAACUGAAUUCUUCGCGAGGCUAGUGUGAGCACUGCUUAUAACUAUCGUGUCUUCUUGGAUCGGUCGUUCUGUAGCGAGGCGUGGUCAUUCGAUGAGAUCACAUUUACACAAGCUCUUUACAAAUGAAAUUAUUAAUUCAUGUAGUGUGGCUGCAAUGAAUCGAGAGAUCGCAGCGCAGAUGAGUUGUAGUGUCUGAAUAAACUGGUUUAACUUGUGGACAAAAUUUUAAUACAUGCAUAAAACUGUAGCAAUCAAUUUGUCGCCCUGUGCGGCUGACGAGGGGAGUGGUGCGUAGUAUUUAUUCUCUCUGUUGAUCUGUUUGUUUUACUUGCACAGAUUCAUUGCAUGAAGAUAUGAGUCAGCCUCAGUGCUGUGAUUGCCGACGGUAUGUUUUGCUCUAGCCAUUAUGGCUCCUUGAAAACAGUGCCAUGCCACAAACUUUGCUUGUGGCUUUAUCUGUCAGCUGCCAUUCAUGUUUCAAGUAUUAGAUGUUCCCGGCAGUCAAUGUGCUUGAAAUAAGAUGUGACCUAAUGAUGUGAUGUAGCAUUUUGUCUCUGAAUGUUAUGUUGCAUUGCUUAUUGAAUCCUUCUUAUUCAAACCUCUGUUUAUUCAAGUCGUCCUGGGUGGCACAAUGUCAGUGGCUGUGAUAGCGUCGCCCUUGACAAUGUUGAACCAGAGCCACGGAUGUUGUUCCCGUGCAUGGCAUUCAGGUACAUGCUGUGUGCAAUGUAUGGUUUUUUAACUAUACUAUAAAAAUACUUAAAUCACAUAUAA